GAUCCUAUAUAAUCCCAAGAUGGCUCUUUUCUCUCGUCUGAUCUCGAAGACCGAUUGGAGAGACUUCACUCAGUAUCAUUAUUUGGGAUGUUCGACGCGUUGUUGCUCUUGCCACUCUUGGCAUUGAGAAGUUUUGCGCAGACAACCGACUAUACCCAAUAUGUGAACGUCUUGACUGGAACUCAAAAUGGUGGGAAUGACUUCCCUGGAGUUGCUCGUCCGUUUGGUAUGGUGAAACUAGGAGCUGACCUCUUGGUCACGGGCACCGAUUCAUAUUCCGGCUAUCUUCCCAAUGGCAACUUUUCCGGCUUCAGUAUGAUGCAUGAGCAAGGAACAGGCGGAGCUCCCAAAUACGGUACUGUUGCUCAGCUUCCAUUGGUUGGCAAAAUCAGCAAUCCAUUGUCGAACAUCACAGUUGGACGAGCUACCGCGGAUCAAGGGUCUGUGGGGUAUUACAGAGCUCAAACGGCUCAAAAUGUGGUAGUGGAACUUGCAGCAGCCACGCGUGCUGGCAUGUAUCAAUACACUUUUCCAGCUGGAAGCACGGGAAACAAUAUUCUGAUUGAUAUGAGUCAUGUGCUACCUUCUUUCAGAGGUCAAGGGCUAGGUCAAGGAUAUGCUGGGGGCCAUUUUUCGAUUAUGGAUGACGGUCAUUAUGAAGCCUCUGGGAUAUAUAACAAUGGAUGGAACAGGUCUCCAGACUGGACGAUUUAUUCCUGUGGCUAUUUCAAUGUGACUCCGUCGGCUGCAAAUGCUUACACCAACACUGUCGACGGCACGGUUCCUGGUGGCAGCGUGUUACAGCCCUCAAAUUCUGCCAAUUCCAGCUCUUGGGCCACAGCAGUUGGUGGUUUAUACAGCUUCAACACUUCUGCCGUCUCAUCUCGAGUUGGCAUUUCUUGGAUCUCCAAUGUCCAAGCUUGCCAAAAUCUCGAGAAAGAAAUCCCAGCCGGAACUCCAUUCCAGUCCGUUAUUGAAGGUACUAAGACUGCCUGGAACAAUCAAAUUCUCUCCAAGAUCACCACUACCACGACCAAUACUUCGAAUCUUGAACUGCUGUACACUUCUCUGUACUUCAUGAAUCUGCUGCCAACCAACCAAACUGGCGAGAAUCCUGGAUGGACUUCCACCGAGCCGUAUUAUUCAGACAUCUUCACUUUCUGGGACCUCUUCCGUUGUUCAACUGCCUUGUUACAAGUUCUGGAUCCUGUUGUGUACGAAGAGCACAUUCGUUCCCUGAUCGAUAUCUGGAGACAUGAUGGCUAUAUGCCAGAUGCUCGAUCCUCGAACUAUAACGGCCGGACACAAGGAGGUUCAAAUGCGGAUAACGUUCUUGCCGACGCAUACGUGAAGGGCGUUCGAGGUCUGGUAAAUUGGGAAGACGGCUAUGCUGCGAUGGUCAAAGACGCUGAAGUCCAACCUCCAAAUACUGUUCCCCCUGACCCAAUGGCUCCCGAGGCUUCUACCGCGGAAGGUCGUGGUGCUCUACCAGAUUGGCUCGCUUAUAGGUUCAUCACUCCAGCUUUCACUCGAGCCGCAUCACGCGCUGUCGAAUAUGCCUUCAAUGACUUUGGUCUGUACCAGGUCGCAAGAGGUCUAGGUAAGACGGAUGACGAAGCAAAGUAUCUCAACAGAUCUCGGAACUGGAGAAAUCACUGGAACCCAGAUCUCGAGUCUAUUGGUUACUCCGGCUUCAUCGUGCCAAGGAAUCUCACUUCUUUCAUUGCUACAGAUCCAUUGACAGAUUCCGGCUACUGGGGAGACCCAUACUAUGAAGCUAGCUCCUGGGAAUAUUCCUGGGGUGAUAUUCACGACAUAGCAAAGAUUAUAGAGUGGAUGGGAGGGGCAGACACAUUCUACUCUCGCCUCGAAACCAUGUUUACAGUUGGUGCGGAUCCGAACAACCCUACUGGAAUCAUUUUUGACUCCACCAAUGAGCCGACAUUCAACGUCCCAUAUCUUUACAACUUCAUCAAUCGUCCAGACCGCUCAGUUUACCAAUCUCGCAAAGUCGCCAAAGGAGAUUACAACACUGGUGUCAGCGGCUUACCAGGAAAUUCGGAUGCAGGAGCUAUGCAGACGUGGCUUUUAUGGAACAUGAUUGGUCUUUAUCCGGUAACAGGACAGACCACAUUCUUGAUCCACUCCCCAUGGUUCGAAUCCAUGACAAUUAACCUUGGCAAUGGUAAGACUUUGCAAAUCACAAGUACAGGUGGGGACGGCAAUGGCGACACAGAUUUCUAUGUUCAGAGCUUGAAGGUAAACGGCCAGCAGUGGACCCAAAACUGGCUCACUUGGAAUGAUGUUUUCGCGAAUGGUGGCACGAUGGAGUUUGUUCUGGGGCCAAAUCCUGUGCAGUGGGCGACUGGUCCUGUUCCACCAAGUCCAGCAACAGAGCCAAUUACUUGCACUAGCGACAAUUGUCUCAGAAACUUACGGGAUGCGAGGUAUUCUGCUUCCGCAUCGGCAUUCUGCACUACGUAUCUGGAAAAGACAGUCACUGCCUCAACGGCCAUUCCAACCUAUGUCGCCAAUUGCGGAAGUUCUCCUAGUCGUGUCAGCUCGGCAUGUACUUGUUUUCUGACUGGCUAUCCGGCUAUCACGUCUGGUGUUCUUUCGUCGAGCCCCACGGCAACGACGGCAUCUUCUUGAACUGUUUCCAAGAGUAAAUACUACAAAAACUAGAAAACGUUCAAGUCGACCUGUUGUUUGAAGACUUUUAUUUGUAGCUCGCAGCGUUGAAGUGUCACGACUCUCUCCUUACCCUGGUAAGGUCACGUGGGUUGGUAUGGUGAAUGAAGUAAGAUAAGGCAAUG